AGUUAGGCUGAGGGGAGGGCGAAAUGCAUUUAAAGCAACGACAAAAAUGGCGUGCAGAAUAAUUACCUCAAAUUGUUAUUCGCUUGACACCCUGACACUAAUUCUGUUGCAGCCAUUAGGAAAUACAGUGAGGCAAACGUACCUUCCUCGGCUGCUGGUGCAGGUGUGAGUGUGUGUGAAUGGGGGCAAUAAGGCAGGCCUGGAGGGGGGGAAUGCUAAACUUUCCAUCUUAAAAGAAAAGAAAUAAAUCAAAUGAUCCAUUUAGGACAAAACAUCUAAAUAGAUCGACAGCUUUUAAUGCCAGCGUUUUUAACGCUUGCCCUCUACGUGGAUUGAUUUUUUUUUUUCUCCAGCAUUCCCUCAGCAGAUGGAUUUUUGCCACUGCAGCUCAGCAGAGGGUGUCAGAUCUUUCAGUGUGCACCAGGUUGAAACGAGCAGAGCCUCUUAGCAACUCUCCCUCUGCGUGCAUGUGAGUGUGUGCGAGCGUGCCACUCGGCAGCAGCGGAAGAAAGAGGAAAGAAGAGCGAGAGAGCGGGCGAGCGAGCGAGGAGGGGAGGCAGCCCGGCAGGCAGGGAGAGGCGAGGCGCGGCGCGGUGCGGCGGGCGAAGGGGCGGUCGGUGGGGCGGUAGGGCUGUGGGGAGGCCCCGGCCCCGCGGCAGGCUCCGGCCGCCGGCACGGGCAUGGGCGGCCGCGCAGCGCAGCGGGGGCCGGCGCGGCGUGGCGCCGGCGGCUCGGCGGGUAGAGCCUAGGCUGGGGCGCGCUUUCAGCACCGGGGCGCUGGACAGCGCCCGGCGGGCGGCGGGAUAGAAGCGCGGCUCCGCGGGCGCGCGGCAAGGUCAGCCCUGCGCGGAGCCGCGCGCAGCGGCAUCCUCCGCGGCCAGCGCCGCGCUCUCCGCCUGCGCCGCUCGGACAUGCCGCGGGCCAGCAGCAGCGAUCCCUCGGCGGUGAGACAGCCCGACCGGCCGCAGACCUCCGCUUAGGUUCCCGGGAGCCGUCAGGGAGGGGGACCGAGUAGGGGCACUCUUUUAUUUCUUUUUUUUUUUUUCUUUCCCUUCUACUUUUUUUUUUUUUUUUUUUUUUUUUUAAUGCGUGCUUGCAGUACGUGCCUGGAUAGUUUGUGGAUACAAUUAUUGACUGGAAUCUGGGCUGUUGCAGUUGUACUUGGGGGGGGGAGAGAGGGAGAGAGGAGACAAGAAAGCAUCCCCCCUCUGCCGACCCUCCUUGCUCCCCCUCCCCACGUUUUAUUUUUCUUUCUUUUUUUUUUUUUUUUUCCUCCCCCCUUGUUGACGAUUCGGACAUUUAAUGUAUUGAAUGAACUGGAAUUGCUUUCCGUGAGAGGAGGAUGGUUGCUGUUACUUUGUGACGAGAUCGGGAAUGAAUUGCUCGGUUUAAAAAUGCUGCUUUGGAUUCUGUUGCUGGAGACGUCUCUUUGUUUUGCUGCUGGAAACGUUACAGGGGACGUUUGCAAAGAGAAGAUCUGUGCCUGCAACGAGAUAGAAGGGGAUUUGCACGUAGACUGUGAGAAAAAGGGAUUUACCAGCCUGCAACAUUUCACUGCCCCGACUUCCCAGUUUUACCAUUUAUUCCUGCAUGGCAAUUCCUUGACUCGACUUUUCCCUAAUGAGUUUGCUAACUUUUACAAUGCAGUUAGUUUGCACAUGGAAAACAACGGUUUGCAUGAGAUUGUUCCUGGGGCUUUCCUUGGGCUGCAGCUGGUGAAACGCUUGCACAUAAACAACAACAAGAUCAAAUCAUUCAGGAAGCAGACUUUCCUGGGGCUGGACGAUCUGGAAUACCUCCAGGCAGAUUUCAAUCUAUUGCGGGAUAUUGACCCGGGAGCAUUUAGGGACUUAAACAAACUAGAGGUGCUGAUUUUAAAUGACAAUCUAAUCAGCACCUUGCCCCCCAACGUGUUUCAGUAUGUGCCCAUCACCCACCUCGACCUCCGGGGAAAUCGUCUUAAAACCUUGCCUUACGAGGAGGUCCUGGAGCAGAUCCCAGGAAUUGCUGAAAUCCUGCUAGAGGAUAACCCUUGGGACUGCACUUGCGAUCUGCUGUCGCUGAAGGAAUGGCUGGAGAACAUACCCAAAAACGCUUUGAUCGGCAGAGUGAUUUGUGAGGCUCCCACUAGGUUGCAGGGCAAAGAUUUAAAUGAGACCACAGAGCAAGAGCUGUGCAAAAAGAACAGAGUGGAUUCUAGCCUAGCUGCUCCCCCUGCCGAAGAAGAAACCUGCGAUCCUGGUCCCAUUCCAACUCCCUUUAAAAUACAUGGCAAAGAAGACCCUGCCACACCAGGAUCUGGUCCAAGCGGAGGUACAAAGAUUCCUGUCAACUGGCAAAUUAAGACCAGACCCACUGCUGCUGUGUCAACAGUCAGCGUGAAGAACAAGCUACCAGCUACAGUGUCCUGCCCACAGAUCUGCAGCUGUGAUCAGAUCCCUGGCUCGGGUUUAAAGGUUAAUUGCAAUGACAGGAACGUGAGCAGCUUGGUGGAUUUGAAGCCCAAGCCAUCCAAUGUGCAGGAGCUGUUCCUGAGAGACAACAAAAUACACACCAUCAGGAAAUCCCACUUUCUGGAUUACCGGAAACUUAAUCUACUCGAUCUGGGCAACAACAACAUUGCCACUGUUGAGAACAACACCUUUAAGAAUCUCUUUGAGCUCCGAUGGCUCUACAUGGAUAGCAACUACUUAGACACCCUGUCCCGGGAGAAAUUUGCUGGGCUGCAAAACCUGGAGUACCUGAACGUGGAGUUUAAUGGCAUCCAGCUGAUCAUGCCUGGCACCUUCAAUGCAAUGCCGAAACUGAGAGUCCUCAUCCUCAACAACAACCUGCUGAGGUCUCUCCCAGUAGAUGUGUUUGCUGGGGUCUCGCUUUCCAAGCUGAGUAUACACAACAAUUAUUUCAUGUACCUCCCCGUGGCAGGGGUGCUGGACCAGCUCACCUCCAUCACCCAGAUAGAUCUACAUGGCAACCCAUGGGACUGUACUUGCCCUAUCGUGCCUUUCAAACAGUGGGCAGAGAUGCUGCGCCCCAAGGUGAUUAUGAGUGACCUGAGGUGUGAGUCCCCCGAAGAUUUCUUCAAGGAGGAUUUCGAGUCUCUCUCCAAUGACGUUAUUUGCCCUCAGUUAAAAAUCUUGCCCACAUUAACUUCGACUAAUAAAAACAGCACCGGCUUGACAGAGACAGGUACUCACUCCAACUCCUACUUGGAGACCAGCCGUGUCUCUAUUUCAGUGCUAGUGCCAGGGCUCCUGCUGGUUUUUGUGACCUCUGCCUUCACGGUGGUUGGCAUGCUGGUGUUCAUCCUGAGGAACAGAAAGCGGUCCAAGAGGAGGGAUGCCAACUCCUCUGCAUCCGAAAUCAACUCUUUGCAGACCGUCUGUGACUCGUCCUACUGGCACAACGGGCCCUACAGUGCUGACGGGGCCCACAGGGUUUACGACUGCGGCUCACACUCGCUAUCGGACUGAGGCGGCGGGCGGGAUGGGAGCGGCCUCCAGCGGGGACCGGGACCGGCCCUUCGCUCUCUGCGGGUGGGGAGGCAGCGCCGUCCGGGGACUUCUCUGCAUCUCGGCGACCUUCGGUGAGAAACAGCAGAACACAAGCACGCCCCCCCCCCCCCCCCC